AGGCUAUUUCCGCUUCCGGAAGAGGCCGCCGCUUCCUUUCUCUCCCUGGGCCUCAGCGAGCUGGCAGGUCCGGGCUAAGGGCCGCCGGUGAAUCCGCCUCCAUCCUCCGCCUGCCGCGGGAGCUCGAGCCUUCUCAGCCGCCGCCAUGACGGAGCAGAUGACCCUGCGUGGCACCCUGAAGGGCCACAACGGAUGGGUGACCCAGAUCGCCACCACCCCUCAGUUCCCGGACAUGAUCCUCUCCGCCUCACGCGGUAACGGAGGGCCGGGCCGGGAGAGACCAACUCGCGCGGGGGACGCGGGGAGGGAAGCGUGGAACGGGAUGGGAGAGACCACCGUGUAAUGCGGGGGGGGGGGAGAGAAACGCCCAGUUGUCGCGUGAAGGACGCGACCAUGCAGCCCCAUCUACGUGUAAUAGGGAAUGGGGCAUGAGGAGAGAGACAAUCACGUGCUAGACAGGGUGAGGGUUUGGGGAGGCUCCCACGCCCCAAGGGUUUUUUGGGGGGGGGCGAUUAAGGUAAGAGGAUAGAAAACCAAAUGAAUAGCAAGGGGUCAGCCACAGAAUCAUAUGAGCGGGAAGGGACCAUGAGGGUCAUCUAGUUCAACCCCCUGCAAUGCAAGAAUCUUUUGUCCAAUGUGGGGCUCGAACCCACAACCCUGAGAUUUAAGAGCGUCAUGCUGUACUGACUUAAGCUGUUCUCAGCAGAUUGAGGCGGAAAAUGAGGUGUUUGUAGUAAGGCCCACCUGCUUCUCUUUCUUCCCAGCCCUGAUGAUUAAAUUUGACAUUUGUCUGCUGAUCUUCAUGAGGUCUGAAGACAUGUCCUGCAAUUAUGAUGGGGCAGGAGAGGAUCUGUUCUCUUUGGUUGGCCUUCGAAGCCAACCAAAAGUGGCCAGGAGCAAGCCUGCAAUUCAGGAAUAAUGAGGCUCUACAGCUGGUCAUUCAUACUUGUGGGUUAGAGGGGAAGGGCAGUGAAUUUGCUCCAUUAAUUAGCAGCUCCAGCUUAGGAGGGAUUGAUUUCAGGCUUUAAUUUCUGUAUUGUUAAUUUAUACCCCAUCUUUACUCCCAACACACUCAAGUUGGUGUGUGUGGCAUCCAGCUUAGUGUCAUAUCUUGCAAGGCAGGUGAGGCUAAGCAAUUUUGCCACUGGCCCUGGGAGCUUUGUUGCUUAGUGGGGAUUUGAAUGAACCCUGAGGUCUCUCUGGUCCUAGUCUGACAUGGUAACCGGGGGGGGGGGAGGCGGUAAGCCAAAGUGGUGCUCUCCAGAUGUUGUUGGACUACAACUCCCAUGAUCCCUGUUGGUUGGCACCUCAUAGACAUUCUCUGCUCUAACUGCUAUACCAGGCAUUACAUCCUUAGCACAUGGUUCAUAGGGUGGUUCCUUUCUGAGCCUCGAUUAUGCCAGAGAAGUAGCAAGCAACCUAUUUGGUGAUGUGAGCCAGUACUAACUUUUAUAGCAACUGCUGAAGCCGGAGGAGUCCACAGCUCUGGUGAGCAAUUGAGGAUAGCUUUCUCUGUGAUAUUGGUGUACAGGUGGAUGUCUAAAAGGGGGUAGUACUGGGGUGUUACAAAGGAUACCUCGUAUUUGGAUCUAGAUGCUGAGACCUACAGUUAAUUUCUGGUGAAGCUGUAAAAGCUGGGUCAUAAUUGUGUGUAUUUGAAGGCAGUCUCUGGUUUGAGAGGACUUUUCUCUCCAAGGGAAUUGGAGAAUUUUUCGUGUGGUUUCACAUGAGGGCAUGUUAAGAGUUUGCAGGAAGCCUUGGCUAGUCCGGUCCUCACUGAGAUGGUAAAGCAGAGUAUUGUAACACUUCAGAAUGCAAGUGGGGGCUGGUAUAACUUGAGUGCUCCUCCAGCCAUACACUUCCCUUCACAUGGAAAACUAGAUGUUGGGGAGAAGUAUUCUAACCUAGCCAUCUCCCUGAAAUGCUAGCUUUCUGUGUGCAGGAAAGUGUUUGGCAAGGUGGCACAUUCAACUAGGCAAGUCCCCACUCCAGUCUGAAGUGGUACAGUCCAGGCAUGACUUUACUCCCUCACUAGGAACUUGGUCACAGUGGAGUGCAGCAGCCUGAUUCAGGGAAUGAGUAGUAAAGGAAUGAGACGCCUCCCGCCCCUCAAGUAAUAUCUAUCUCAGUUUUGAGAAAAUCCGUGGAAGAACCAUUUGUUAUCUUUUUCCUCUUGCAGACAAGACGAUCAUCAUGUGGAAGCUGACUCGGGAUGAAACCAACUACGGGAUCCCCCAGAGAGCCCUUCGGGGCCACUCCCACUUCGUCAGCGAUGUGGUUAUCUCCUCAGAUGGGCAGUUUGCCCUCUCUGGCUCAUGGGACGGCACCCUGCGCCUCUGGGAUCUUACCACGUGAGUGUAGAUUGGGGAAACAGGGUCUGUGUUGAUUGAAAAGGAUUGUCCUCAGCAGACUGAUUAUAUGUUUCACUCUGCCCAGUUCUCCCAUGGUUUCCCAUUUCUAGGUUUUUAUUCCUAGUACGGUUUCCUGUUUUUAUCGCUGGUUGCUUUGGGAUCAGGGUUUUGUGCUUGCUUCCUCCUGUCCCGAUGAUUAGACCUGACACAAUAUCUACAGACUCCACUGGGGUUUGAUGAUACGUCCUGCAAUUAUGAUGGGACACUACAGGAGAGACUGAGAAAAUGGAAGCUUUUUGUUUUAUUGGAAAGGGGAAGGGAAGGGGAAAUCAGUUAGAAGGGGACACCUGUUUCUGGUGGGUUUUUGGAAUUGCACAUUUCCCCAUACAGGACAUUUCAGGUUGCCCUUGUCAUGGUUCCGCAGUGAGGGUGCUGAGAAAUUCUCAGAUCCUUCAUGCCCCUUUCAUUUCCCAAAGUUUGGGGAGGGUUAUGGACUCGGUUCAGUGUAGAUCAAAGGGAAAACCUCUUGUUGCUGGUUUGUUAGUUGCUCACCCUAUGAGAGCUGCACAAGGUGGUAGGAGAAGCUCUGCUUCCCUCUCUUUAGGACUCAUUGGCUACUGAAAUUGGAGUGAGGGACGUGGUCCUGUCUCAACUCCCGGAAAAGUUCCAUUGAAGCAGGAGAUCCUCUUCGAAAAUUAACCUUGUGGGCCCUAGGAGGAGAUCAAGACCAGAAGGGGAGGGUCUUUGCAGGGGAAGGGGGUUACAGGAGGUAGCAUGGCAAGGCAGGGAAAAACGAGAUUUGGUCUGAGGGGCUUUUUCUUUCCUGUGUUGCACUGGGUUUGUAAUGAAAUGACAUCUCCCUUUCAGAGGCACCACCACCCGGCGUUUUGUGGGCCACACCAAGGAUGUGCUGAGUGUGGCUUUCUCUUCUGACAACCGCCAGAUUGUCUCAGGUUCCAGGGACAAAACCAUCAAGCUCUGGAACACUCUGGGAGUCUGCAAGUACACUGUACAGGUGAGCCUCUCCCAGAUCUGGGCACUGAAUACCACUAAAGUUCACCUCCCUUUGUUUUAGAUUUUUAAAAUCUACAUCACGCAAUCAAACACAAUAAACAGUAUUUUAAAAGCAACACCAUGAUAUCAUUUAAAUGAAGCACCAAAUGUACAAAAGCCUUGAUGUGCCUUUAGUGGCUGUUCGUCCAGACAGUUGCUGCAGGUGUUCAGAAAAGGGAAAACUUGCACUUUUCGAUUCAUGUUUGUGGAGAAAGGAAGGGUGGGAUCCUGCUUGGGUCUGAGGGCAUACCCUGCGUUUUACAUAGAAGUAACAUUUUGAUCCUACCCUUCCAGUCGCUCCUCAUCCUUCUAGGGGGCUGGAGCUGCAACACUAAAAGCCUAAUUUCUAGUACAAACUAAGCACGCUAGUGGGGCAGGCAGUCCUCUUAGCAGUAAUCCUUCUGUAGAGCACAGUUGCCAGCCCAGGAUAUAUAUUGGGUGAGGAGAUCUCUGGUGUACCCUGAUCCCAAGCUGUUAAGCGCUUUAAUUGCUCAAAAGUUAACCUCUGCCAAUGCUCAUGACACUUUAUAGCAGUUCAUAAAGGGGGAAAAAGAAGUCUGUGCUUCUUUUGACAGGAGGUGGAGACAACAGAAGGCAGGGAAGGAUGCAGCCAAAGGAAUACAUGUGCAUAUGCAGUUAGAUGUGCUUAGGUUUCCUUAUUGAUAAGGAGUUAGAACUAGGAGGUGACACAUGUGCUUAAAUGUUAAUUUUCGGAAUGGUUGUUUCUCUGUAACAUCCUGUUACCAGCUUCUACUGAGAGCUGUCAUACCUUCUUUUUUCUCCACUCAGGACGAGAGCCACUCAGAGUGGGUCUCCUGUGUGCGCUUCUCCCCCAACAGCAGCAACCCCAUCAUUGUCUCCUGUGGCUGGGACAAGCUCGUGAAGGUGAGUCGAGUAUCAGCCUUAAUCCUCAAAUCUCUGUCUAGGGCCUCCCCCUGGAAGUGUCUAACUGAUGCACAAACAUUCUAUUUCCUGUCGUCUUUUUUGAUAAUCUGGAACCAGCCCUUCAGAUCUUCUGGUAAGGAGGUGCAGGACUUUGGGGUGCGCUGGAAUCUCACCACCUCUCUAUUCAUCUAGCAAAGCAAAAGUCCUGAAGCCAAGCCAAUGAGUUGUGGAGGUGCAGGAGGGGGGAUUGGAGGGAGAAUUGGGGCCAUGGAGUCCUUCAGAUUUGCAGCAGCUUGUAAACAGUAGGGUGUUCUCUUGUCCUCUUAGCAUAGGUGACUCAAUACAGUCUCUUUGUUGGUGCCCCGAUUGGAGCAGGAGUAGAAUUCUGCUUAGUCAGUCUUGCAAAGAGAGGAGAUAUAUUGGAGGACUGCUCUUUUCACUAAAUAGGCCUGCAUCAUGUUUUAUUAUGUAUUGGACGUUCAGUUAUACUUCUAUUAGGCAGGCACCAGUUUUGUUAGGCAGGCUGUAAGUUACGCGAGGGGGUGAGACGCUUUUCAACAUUCACUGGAUCAGGAAUUUGAUCACACAGCAAGAGCUCACCUUGAGAUUAACAGCAUCAGCGAAUCAGUUUUGAGUCUGUACUCUCCCCGUCUUGCAGGUGUGGAACUUGGCUAACUGCAAGCUGAAGACCAACCACAUUGGGCACACUGGCUACUUGAACACAGUGACAGUCUCGCCCGACGGCUCCCUGUGUGCUUCAGGUGGCAAGGUAAGUCUCUGUGGCAAGCCUCCCGUCAAGAGGUUGAACCUGUGCAAACGUAUAGCCGUGUGCCUAAAGCUUACUUGUUCAGACAAACUUUUCCCAGUAAGUCAUGUUACCUCCACACACAACCAUCCAAUAGGAUUGUGUAUGAAUUCAUGAAGUAUGGUUUUGCAUUGAUUUAUUUUCUUCAUUGCAUUUUAUCAAUUCUGUGUUAUACAUUUCUUUAGAUACUUUUAAUAAAAAGCAGUGUUAAUAAAUAAUAAACCAGAGGGGGUGGAGAGGAACUACUUUUCUUCUUUCUCUACACUUCUGCAUAUCUGGUAAAUUGGGAGGCCUUCCACUAUAAAUUGGCCAGGUGUGUUGUUUAUUAGGGAGAGAGAGAGACAGAAGGAAACAUGGGCAGUCGCUGUGAACCGGACGUUGCUUAGCUCAAGGUACUUAGGGGGAGUUAGCUCACGGGUGUCGUGUUCUCGCUAGAAGCAUCUAGCCUAGAUUUGUAAAAAAUAAGUUACUAGUCUGCUAGCGGCAUAUCCAUGCUUGUCAUGGAGGGAGGGGGAAGCCCUCUUCCAUUUCCAGUAAGGAAAUCCAGGAUUCUAGCUCCAAAAUGAAAUGCAUUCUUCCUUUUCACCAGCCUUCUAGUUGCUGACAGAGGGGAGUUAGAGCUGAGGGUCAGUCAGUCUUACCUGCAUAGCUACAACGUCAGCAACACAGGGAGCUGCCUUAGACAGAGUCAGACUGUUGGUCUGUCCCGCUCAGUGUCAUGUAUGCUGAGUGGCAGCAGCUCUUCAUGCAGUGGUUCUUUUUCGGGCCUAGCUGGAAGAUACUGGGGACUGAGCCUAGGAGCUUCUGCAUGAGAGCAGGUGCUGUACCACUGGGCUAUGCCGUUUCCCUGAAUCGAUGGAGAACCUCAGGUUUAGGGGCCAAAUAUGGUCCUCUGGAUCCUCCCCAGGCCACACUUGCCACUGCCAUUUAUCUGCUAAGCAUGGUCCUCUUUGUGAUGAGGAAAUGGGUGUCUCUGCCUAGCAGGUGGCAGUUACAGAAACAAGGCACAGCUUCCUCAGCUCUUCUAAGUAUCAUUCAGGGGGGCUUUUCCCCAGCCCAAGGAACACUGUCCCUUCUGCUGAUAACAGGGAUUGUGGCAUCAAAACUGUUAAAAACAGUUCUGGAGUUUGUAUUGUGGACAUAUCCUCAGAAUAGACUGCAGAAAUUACUUUCUAAUUAAAAGCAAUCUAGGAGCAGAGGAAGCUUUGCAGGCUAAUAUAGAAUUGUAAUGUUGCAAGGGAUCUCAAGGGUUAUCUAGUCCAACCCCCCGCAAUGCCAGAAGCUUCAACAAAAAUAUCCAUGACGCAUGGCUGUUCAACCUCUGCUUUAUAACCUUCAGGGAAGGAGGAUAUCUCAUUUUGGUGGAGGUUUUCCAGGAUGCUUGAUCUACGUGAAAUCAUGCUUUUAAACAGAGCAUGUGAGCAAGAUGCCCUAUAAGCUGCUGCCCCCUUUUCUUCUGCCUAGCUCAGUGCUCUUGCCUGCUUAGUUACAUUUAGCACUUUACCAUCUAGUCAGAGAAUCCUGACUGCUGUGAUGAAACUUACACAUGCCAUCUGACUUACUACCAUGCGGAUACUCAGAGGCUGUUUCUGAGCUGUCAAACAUUGGGUGGGAGAUCUGUUGCUUUGGAGAAAGGUUCCUCUCCCCCUUUGACAAUUUCUGUUUAAGGGACAAGGGUGCAUGAAUUAAUAAGUUAAAUGCUACAGCUUUUUAGGGGCCUUGAGUAGGUGCUGGGAGGAAUGGGGAGACUCAGACGCAUGAAGAUUCGCAGCCUAUUGCCCUUUUCCAUUGCAAAAUCAUUCUGGAUUUGGGGGCUUUAAAUCUAAUGCCUGCUUUCUUCCACCGCAGGACGGCCAGGCUAUGCUGUGGGACUUGAACGAAGGCAAGCACCUGUACACCCUGGAUGGUGGAGACAUCAUCAACGCCUUAUGCUUCAGCCCCAACCGCUACUGGCUGUGUGCAGCCACUGGACCCAGCAUCAAGAUAUGGGUAAGUUAAGAGCUUAAUGUUGGCUGUUGAAGGUUUGGGAAGAACGGAGGAGAUUAACUCUUCUCCCAGCCUGGGUCUUGUUUUCCUUGUCAGAAUUAAGUUGCUGUUCCCUUGACAUUUCUUCCUUGGCAGUCCUGGGAGAGUCAUGUUAGGCUCCUGCAGCUGAAGUUCCUUGAAUUUAUAGUUUGAGCUUCUGAGAUCUCAGCAGGCCAGAGCAGGAUAUUCAGGGGUCAGGCUGGCAUAGCUCCUUAUAUGGUAAAAACAAACUUAAGUUAUGCAAAGCAUUGUACACAAAUUAAUUUGUAUGGGCUGCGGAAUGUGCCUUUCUUUGGAAGAUAAUUACUGUUUCAGGGCUAAAUGUGGUUUUCUCAUUCUGCCGUCUAAAUAGCAAGGGGCUUUCUCUUAAUGUCAGUGUGCAGAAGAUUCAGUUGCCUGGAUGUCUCCUGCUCCCUACAACUGCAACACCCAGCCUUCUCAUUUUGGAACAGAAGAUGCAAAUCUAAUUGUGGCUGAAUGUGUUUGCGUACUUUUAUUCCAAGUUAAAAUCUGAACUGCCAUGGUGGUAGAGGAUACAGACAUUCUUACUUAUGAAGAAGUAGCCUUUCUGGUAAGAGAUCUGGUACUUGGCAAGCAGGCAGAUAGUAGCAGUGAUGAUAUUCAGGGGGUUGGACUAGAUGACUGUUAGGAUCCACCCAAGUCUACAAUUCUGUGAAGCAGAGAAGCAGCAGCAGCUACCAGUGGCAAUGGAAGGGAACACAUUGUGAGUGGUGAUUUCGGGCUUGAGAGCAAGGAGACUGACGUGCUGUGAUGAAACACACUAUGCCGUCUGAUUUUGCUUCCGUGCGGAAAACCAGAGGCUGUUUCUGAGCCUGUUGCCCAAACUACAUACAGCAUGCAAAUAGCAGGUGGAAAUUGAACAAAAUGUUCAGCCUCGAAGUCUGCAACUCCCAUUUGACCAUCUAACUCCUGCUUUCUUAACAUCAGGACCUGGAAGGCAAGAUCAUUGUGGAUGAGCUCAAGCAGGAAGUGAUCAGCACCAGCAGCAAGGCGGAGCCACCCCAGUGCACCUCAUUGGCCUGGUCUGCUGACGGACAGGUAAGAACCGGGCUGUGCAAUCAAUCAAUCUUCUUUGCGGUCAAAGACCAGACAGCAAAGUUAACAACAACAAAUGCCACAACCACAUAAAGAAGCGGAUGUAAUUAAAAAUCCCCUAUAAACUUAUUUACAUUAAAAAUAUCACUCCUUCCGCUAAAAUCUGUAUUCAGGAGAUUAAAAUCAGUAGUCCAUGUUGCUAUAAAACAGCAUUUCGCAGCAGGCUGUGCAAGAUGCCGAGGGCCGUGCAGGAAGUUAAAAAGAGCUGCUGCCUCCUCCAGCCAGGGAAGAACUGGGAAAGCGGGAUUUGUUAAAGCCUGCAUUUCUGAGCUUCCACCUUUGCCAUACAGGGCUUGUGGCAUGUUUGGGUUUUCUUGAGGAACCAGAACUUUUCACCCCAACUGCAGCUGACCAUUUCUCCUGAUCAGCACUUGAAGGGCAACCAAGGGAAGAGGUUUUAGCAGCUAAUCCUGGUUUCCUGGGCUCCUAAAAAUUUGACACGGACACUCGUCUUGAGUUUAAAAAAAGUUUUUUUCCAGUCAAGUUUGUUAUCUAUAAAAUACAGAUACACUGCCCAAGAAGACUGCCCGUUUUUUGAACUGACAGAUAAACAGUGUAUUGUCUUAAGAUGUGAAGAUGAGGGCAAUGGCCCUGCGGCCAGGCUUUUGGUGGCUGUCUUCCCUUAGUCUGCCCCAGUGACAUUAGGCACUGCCUGAUUAAAGAAUGCAAGUUGUGGAGUUUGAGGGAAUGAUAGCUGACCUGGCAAGGCGGGAAUAUUCAGGAGCGAGUUUCCCCCUGGCUAAUUUUUCAUAUUUACAACUCCACUUACAGAGCAGAAAGUGAUCAAAUUUUAUCCCUUCUGGUCUUCCUGUGGGCUGGAUACUUCUCAUCCUCCAAUACAAUAAAAAGUGAACACAUUGGGUUUGUCACAAUCUGCUGUUCGUUCAUUCAUUCAAGGCAUUUUUACCCUACUAUUCAGCCAUAAGCAACUGUCAGAGCAGCUUGCAGAUCACUAAGGAAUACUCUGUAAGCCUGGGGGCAGGAGCUACCUAAAAAGAUAGGACACUAAAGGAGAAUGCGAUUGGUAAAAUGAUCUUGGUUACAUGUGCAUCUAGUGAACAGCUGUCUAGAGAAGCUCAAGCAGAGGAGGUCCCAGAAAUUGCUGUGCCAAUGUGGGGUAGCCCUGCCUCUACCCCAUCCCUUUCUGCUGCAUCCUGAGGAACCUGGCUUCUCAGCAAAGUCUCCCAUUGACUUUCUAUCCAACAGUUGGUUCAUGCAAAGUGAUUGUUGCUCCCUUGUCAAAAAGCUGUCACCCAGUCGCUUCCUAACGCUGUUUCUCCCUCUCUGUUCCAUCAGACUCUGUUUGCCGGCUACACGGAUAACCUUGUUCGGGUCUGGCAGGUCACCAUCGGGACUAGAUGAGAGAGUGCAGUUGACCACAAGGCACAGAAUUAUAAUUAUGUACAAAACAGAAACAAUAAAACUUUUUGUGCUGAACGU